GUCCUGGGCAGGGGAGCUUGGGCUGAGCUCUCCCAGGAGGAGGCAGGCAGUGGAGGACCCCAUGGGGCAGGCCCCCCUCUCCAGAACUCGGGCAGCCAGCACUGGGUGUGGCCAGGCAGGAGUCCCCAAAAUGGUCCCCAGCUUCAGAGGCCUUUAGGGGAGGAACAAUAAGCUGGGGUGACCUGGAAGAGAUCUUAGGUCAAGGUGGAGGACACCGAGGAGAGUGUGGGAUAGGGUUGCAGAUAAAUCUAAGGGUGACAAGCCCAGAAUCUUACUGCCCAGAAACUCCCACCCUGAAGGUGGAGCUCCAACAAGGGACAGCCAAGAGGACCAAGACCUCCAGGGCUUUUUCGGGAACCGGCCCCCCUGGCUGGCCACGGUGCCCUGGGUAGGCCUGCAUGGACAUCCCCAUCAGCAGCAGAGACUUCCGCUGCCUGCAGCUGGCGUGCGUGGCCCUGGGCCUGGUGGCCGGCAGUAUCAUCAUCGGCGUCUCCGUGUCCAAAGCUGUGGCCGCUCUGGGUGGUAUCUUUAUUGGCGCUGCUGGUCUGGGCCUCCUCAUGUUGGCCUACCCCUUCCUGAAGGCUCGGUUCAACCUAGACCACAUCCUGCCUAACAUAGGGAACCUGAGAGUCCACCCCCAUCCAGCGCCAGAUCAAGGGGAGGGAAGAUCCAACGCCAAUGGCAAUAAAGAGGGAGUCCGAAGCAGCCUGGCCACUGUGAGCAGAACCUUGGAGAAGCUGAAGCCAGGGGCCCGGGGGACUGGGGAGGGCUGAGCCCCUGGCUGAGGGGCUGCCCACUGC